AUGGCGAGGGCCUUAUACGACAAUGUCCCAGAGUGUGCUGAGGAGCUGGCCUUCCGCAAGGGAGACAUCCUGACUGUGAUUGAGCAGAACACAGGGGGACUGGAGGGAUGGUGGCUUUGCUCCUUACACGGGCGCCAAGGCAUUGUCCCAGGCAACCGUGUGAAGCUUCUAAUUGGCCCUGUGCAAGAGAUCCCUGCCACUCAGGAGCAGCCUCCUUCUGGACUGAUGCACCAGACCUUUAGCCAACAGAAGCUCUAUCAAGUACCAACUGCACAGGGUGCUCCUCGGGACACCAUCUACCAAGUGCCACCUUCCUAUCAAAACCAGGGAAUUUACCAAGUCCCCACUGCCCAUGCUGCUCAGGAACAAGAUGUGUAUCAAGUGCCGCCAUCAGUACAGAGGAGUAUUGGGGGGACGAAUGGUCCCCACUUAAGUAAAAAGGUAAUAACUCCAGUGAGGACAGGCCAUGGCUAUGUGUACGAGUACCCAUCCCGAUACGCGAAGGACACCUAUGACAUCCCUCCCUCCCACGCCACCCAAGGAGUGUAUGACAUCCCUCCCUCAUCAGUGAAAGGUCCUGUGUUUUCAGUUCCAGUGGGAGAGAUCAGACCUCAAGGUGUCUACGACAUCCCUCCUCCUAAAGGGACAUAUGCCAUCCCACCAUCUGCUUGUCACGAUGAAGCAGGACUCAGGGGAAAGGAAUAUGAUUUCCCUCCUCCGAUGAGGCAGGUUGGAAGGCCAGACCUCCGAGCAGAGGGUGUUUAUGACAUCCCUCCAGCCAGCACCAAGUCAAUGGCAAAGGACCUUAGUAUAAAAUACAACUGCGAUGUGGCUGGAGCCACGGAGCUGGUGGCCCGCAGACACCAGAGCAUGUCCCUGCAUCAUGCAUCCCCAUCUCUGGGACAGCCAGGGGGUGCUCAGAAUGAUGCCUAUGACAUUCCCCGUGGAGUGCAGUUUCUAGAACCCUCCACAGACAGUGGGGAGAAGGUGCAUCCUGAAGAAAGGGAUGGUGUUUAUGAUGUCCCUCUGCAUAACCCACCAGACACCAAAGGAUGUCAGGACGUGGUUGAUGGCAUCAACAGGUUAUCUUUCUCCAGCACGGGCAGCACCAGGAGUAACAUGUCCACCUCUUCCACCACAUCAAAGGAGUCCUCCCUGUCAGCCUCCCCAUCCCAGGACAAAAGACUCCUCUUGGAUCCAGACACAGCCAUUGAGAGACUGCACUGGCUCCAGCAGACCCUAGAGCUGGCCGUGUCCAGCCUCAUGGCGCUGGUGACCACAGACUGGAGGGGUUAUGGCUACAUGGAGAGACACAUCAAUGAGAUACGCAUGGCCGUGGAAAAAGUGGUACUGGCUCUGAGGGAGUACCUCCUUUUUGCCAAGGGGGCCCUCACCAAUGCCUCCUGCCUCCCAGAACUCACACUCCACACAAAAAUGAAGCGGGAGCUCCAGAGGGUGGAAGACUCCCACCAGAUCCUCAGCCAAACCAGCCACGGCUUAAAUGAGUGCAACUGGUCCUUGAAUAUCCUGGUUAUCAACAAGUCCCAGAACAAGUGUGAUGAUCUGGACAGGUUUGUGAUGGUGGCAAAGACAGUGCCUGAUGACGCCAAGCAGCUCACCACGACCAUCAACAACAAUGCCGAGGUCGUCUUCAGACCAGGCCCGGGCAGCUUGCAGCUUAAGAAUGGGCCAGAGAACAUCAUGAACUCAGCUGAGUACUCUCAUGGUGGCCCCCACAAGGCCGAGGCCCACAGCAAGGCUCUGCCUCCAAGCCUAGGCAAGGAGCAGGCCCCUGACUGUAGCAGCAGUGAUGGCUCUGAGAGGAGCUGGAUGGACGAUUAUGACUACGUCCACCUCCAGGGUAAGGAGGAGUUUGAAAGGCAGCAGAAAGAGCUCCUGGAAAAAGAAAAUAUCAUCAAACAAAAUAAGAUGCAGCUAGAACAUCAUCAGCUUAGUCAGUUCCAGCUGUUGGAACAAGAAAUCACGAAGCCAGUGGAGAAUGACAUCUCAAAGUGGAAGCCCUCCCAGAGCCUCCCAGCCACAAGCAACAGUGUGGGUGCUCAGGACAGGCAGCUGCUCUGUUUCUACUAUGACCAGUGCGAGACCCAUUACAUCUCCCUCCUCAACGCCAUUGAUGCCCUCUUCAGUUGUGUCAGCUCCGCCCAGCCACCAAGGAUCUUUGUGGCACACAGCAAGUUUGUCAUCCUAAGUGCACACAAACUGGUGUUCAUUGGAGACACGCUGACAAGGCAGGUUGCUGCCCAGGACAUUCGCAACAAAGUGAUGAACUCUAGCAACCAGCUGUGCGAACAGCUCAAGACUAUAGUUAUGGCAACCAAGAUGGCUGCCCUCCAUUACCCCAGCACGACCGCCCUCCAGGAAAUGGUGCACCAAGUGACUGACCUGUCGAGAAAUGCCCAACUCUUCAAGCGCUCUUUGCUGGAGAUGGCCACAUUCUGA